AUGAUUUCUUUCGAAACUGAAAGUAGAUUAGCUGAACUUCUAUAUGGCAUUUCACAAGGAGAAAACACAGUCGAAAUCUUACGUCUCAACCUCUGCAAAAACAAUGAUUUUGAGCCUUAUUCUGCUUUUAAACACUUAGACAGGCUUGGUCUCGGUUCCUUAUCCAGCAGUGACCUCCGAGCAUUUUUAGAUCGAAACAAUCUCCAAAUAUCAGAGCAAGACAGUUAUAUGAUAAUUCGACAAUAUGACUCCAACUCAGAUGGACGGCUUUCUCUUAACGAAUUCAUCUCAUUUGUAUUGCCAAGCACCAACGAAACAGUUAGAGAAAUCGCCCAGUCACGUCCUACAAAAUUAUUUUUAUCAAAUGACGCAGAAUAUUUGCUUCUCCGUUUAUUUGAGGCUGAAAUAGAAAAUCAAAGAGAAUUAGAAGCCAAAAGAAAAGAUUUAGUAGGCAGACCUGACUUUAAUUUAUUAGAGUGUUAUAGAGUUGUUUGAUAUUAAGUUAAGUUAAGUUAUUAAGUAUCCGGCCAUAAGCGCUGGCCAUCCCACCCCAUCUAGGCUCCAAAAUGACAUCCGAGGAAGCCAUUUUGAAUUUCAGACCUGAACCACCUGCCCAGGGGAUUAGCUCGCCCUGGGCAGAGCCGCUCCUAGAUAGCGCCCCGAUAGUCCCGAUUAGGAAAGACCAUGUAGUAGGCAAAACAUCUGGGCAGGGACAGGGAAAACCUUCGGGGGAGAAAUAAAACAUCCCUUUUUGGCAAGGUAUCCCCAAGCUUGAAGGCCCACUUCCACUGGGACAGAGGCCCUACUUUCAGCACAUCAGGAUGGGUCCUACCUCUUCCAUAGAGAGUACGCUUCGGAGUCCAAUACCGUUAACGCCACCAUUUUCUUCUGCUGAUAUUAGGAAUUCUCAAACGAUAGAUAGAGGAGAUUUAUUUGACUUUUUAAGGAAGCAUAAUUUUAGGGUAUUUGAAAAUGAUAUAGACGCAGUUAUUAGAAGAAUUGACAGUGAUGGAGACACAAUUAUAAGUUAUCUUGAGUUUGUAGAUUCAGUGCUGCCUGCUGAGCCUGUGCUGAGAUCAUCUAUUCCUUCAUCAAGCUUUAAUAGGUCAAUUGGAUUAUCAAAUAAAGAAACUAGAAAAUCGACGUCACCACUAAGGUCAAUUUCUCCUAAUAGAAAUUCAAUUGAAGUUUCAUCAAUAUACAGAUCAUCAGAAAGAUCGCCAACUCCUAUAAAAAGGCCUGCUUUAAGUGAGUAUGAACUUAUAUCAUCACCUAGAAGGGCUGCUUCUCCUCUUCGAAGUACACCUUUUAAACAGUCAUUAAUAAAUAGUGAAGUGUUAAAAACUUCACCAUUGCGUAGAUCGCCAUCUCCUCCUAGGGUUUCUCCUUAUCGUUCUUCAGUUGAACCACUUGAAACAGAGUCUUCAAUUAGAAAAUCAAGCUUAGGGUCUGAAAAUAUGCAAUCAAUUAGUAAAAUUAGCCCAUUCAAGAGCUCUCCUUUGAGGAAUUCUUCAUUAACUAUAGAAAAUUGCCCGAGGAUGGGGCAAAAUAGCGCCAUCCUCGGGCAAUUUCUAUAGAUUAGACUGAAAAGAAAUUAUAAAAAAGUAAAUUAUUAGGGCAUUCCUUGAAAUAGCGGGCUAAUUGCAAUUAAAUUUAAAAUCUAAUCUAAUCUAAUCAAAUCAUUAACUAGAGAAAUCAAUGAAUUUUCUUAUCAGACUCCAUUUAAAACUGAUUCGUCAAUUUCUAUGAGCCAGUCUACAAAUAGAAGCUCUCCAGUAAGAAAUUCAUCUCCAAUUAGAAAUUCAAUAGCUCCUAAUGAAGAAUAUUCAUAUCAAUUGCCAAAUAAAGCUUCUCCAUGGAAAUCAUCUUUAGGCAGCUCAUAUAUAAACGGGUCGAAUUUUGAAACUUCAGGAAGGCAUUCUCCUCCAUCAAGAAACUCAAUUUCCCCAACACAUUCGUUGAGCAUGCCGAGAUCAUUAAAAAAAAAUUAUUUUGCUGCUAAUAGAGAUUAUGAUUUAGGCAAACCCCUAAGAAACAGUGAUAAUUCUGCCUCAAAAAUUUCUUAUACAUCAGAAAGUUCAUUGAGCUACCAAAUAAAUUCCAUCUCAAAAGAAAACGUUGAAAACGAUUUAAUUUCCCUUUUUAAAGAACAAAUAAAGCUUUCCAGAGACUUAGAAAGACUAAAAAUCGAACUAAGCGACAAGCUCGAUUUCAACUUAAUUGAUGCCUUCCGUAUGUUUGACUUAAAUGACAAAGGCUCUAUAACAGUUUCAGAAAUAGAAAAUACUUUAAAAGAACUCGGCCUUCCCAUCUUGCAAGAUGAAGUCUACCUCUUAUCUCGGCACUAUUCCAACACCCAAGAUACAGUUUUACAGUUUUCCGAAUUCGCAGAAAUGUUUAUCCCUAAACAAGAAGAGUAUUCCAACGUCUUAAGAAACAGGAUUCCAUAUAAUCUUCCUAUAUCGCAACGCAAAUCAGUGUUUUCACAUGGUACUCAUGACCUUUAUAUAAGCGUGCUUAAGCUUCAUUUGAAAUCUGAAACAAUAGCAGAAAGCUUAAGGCAGGAUUUAUCGAGGAAAAAUUUUAAUAUUCAUGAAGCUUUUCAAGGUGUUGACCAGGAUAGGAAUGGAUUUAUUACAAUUGAAGAAUUAGAAAGGUUUUUGGAAUAUUAUAGGGUUCAUGUAGAUAGGAAAGAUGUGGCAGCUUUAUUAAAUAGAUAUGACAAAAACAAGGAUGGGAGAGUCAGCUAUUCUGAGUUUGUGCAGGAAAUAACGCCUAAGUCUCCAAGUAAGCAUUAA